AUGCAGAACUCACCCGACCUUGAGCCUUACAACAGCGAAGGCCAAAUUUCUCCCUACAUCCCCAUCUCAAACCCCAAUUCCCAAAACCGUUACACCCACCCUCAUCAUACAGAUAUUGCUACUCCGCUUGAACCCUUCCGGGUCACCUCUCACGGAUCAAAUAAUGGAUCUUCCGUGGCGUCUUUACCCGCCCAUUUCAUUUUUCAUGCUUCCUCUCCCCCUCUACACACCCCACAUCCGGUCAGAAACUUCUCCAAUCCUACAAGUACCACAAUCAAUCUACCCAACCUUCCACCAAUUCCCUCUAGUAAAGAAACCCAAUCUUCUGUCUCCAAAGCUUGGGCACCUCCAGCCAAAAAACCAGCUGCUCGCAAACCCCGCAAGGCACCUUCUACCGCGAUUGCUCCAAGCAGUGUUACCAACACUCCAUCCGUCUGCCAACUUUCUCCAAGUGCCCCCAUUAAACGCACUCCGACUCAACCUUCUCCAAGUCGCAAAAGGAUGACAACCUCGGACAGUCGUUCUGCUCAACCUCAAUCAAAAGAAACACUAAUGCAGAUGACUGAAGCCAAACUUGCAUUACAAGCUCAGGAAUCAUCGAAAGGGGCCAUGUCUGAUGCCGAUCGUCAAUUCUUUGCUCGCUUUUACUCCCAGCAACGCAAAGAGCUCAUCAUUCAAGCGAUCGAGCGGGAGGUAUCUAUGUUGAUGGUGGAUGGCUACUUGGGAAAGCGAAUGAUUAUUAAGAAGCCAAACUGCUUCAACGAAUUUAUGAAGACUCCGCAAGCCAGAUCUGUGUUCCGCGGCCCCCAUAAGGGUGUUAAGGAUAAGACAGUCAUGGGCGGCGUUGCAAGUCGUUGGCACGCACUCACUCCGGAAGAGCAAGAGAAAUUCCGGAAGGCUGCUCGAUCCAAACCUUUGCCUGAUGCAGACGAUGACAACCCAGAUGAUGGUUCUGAAUCCAAUACCGAUGAAGAUGACAAGCAACCUAUCUCUACCGCCCUCAAAUCUGGAAUUUGUCGGACAAUCUCCUUCAAACGGGCGUCCGAACAGGUGGCUAACUUCAUGGAUUUAUGGGUUAAACAGGCGGUCCACAUUGCCAAAACGUGCAACUGCGAGAUGGUAUUUUUCGCCGUCUCCAGGCACUUAGGACUUCAUUCGUUCCAGUACACCCAAAGUACCCACGGUGCGAGUGCCUUUGUGGCAGCCGCGCAAAACAUGGAUGGUUUGAGGCACUAUCCUGCGCGGAUGCAAGGCUACCUUGCUGGCUAUAAACUUGCAGACCUGGCCGCUUUAGCAGAAGGAAAAAAGACGAAAAACAAAGCCGUGUCGGCAGUGGCUCGCAUGUCUACAUUAGUUGCUGAAAAAACCAACGGUGCCUUGACUCAAUGGCCUUGGACAAAUACCGAUGAGGUACUUGCCGAAGUAAAGUACCGUGUAGUCCUCCUUCCGGGUGGAAAGACACAGCUCAAAUGGAUCAAGUCGCCGAGUCGAGACCUCCAUGUAAAACCUCAAGCUGUUCUACUGAACGACCUCGAAAACAACCUCAUCAAUGUUGUGCAUGAUCCAACCAUGCCCGAUCCGGUCAAAUCUCCAAAAUUCACCAAAAGAAUCACCGAGAAAAAACAGCCUCCCAAACAUGCUUCCAAGGGCCGUUUUCGUAAACGGAUUCCCUCUACCAGUUCCACCGCUUCACUCGACUCCGAACAGAUCGCCACAACACCAUCUGCAAGUGAGAAUAGCAAAACUGGGCAGCAAGAAGGUAGUGGUGCUUCUGAAAAUGGUACCGACUUGGGUGAUAUAUAA